CCCAACUACCACUCUUUCACUCUCUCUCCCGAUCUCGAUUCGUAUAUAUACAGCCUAUAACGACUCCUCUCAGCACAAACGCUCUUUCAUUUCUCCAUAUGUCUGAAGAUCCUCCGCUCCUCUUUUCUCUCUCUCCAUCUCGAUCUGGAUCUGAGACCGAUCUAUUGGUAAAAAUGUCAACAUACACGCCUAAGAAUAUCUUGAUCACUGGUGCUGCGGGAUUCAUUGCAUCCCAUGUUGCCAAUCGCCUCAUCCGAAACUACCCCGAAUACAAGAUUGUCGUACUCGACAAGCUCGACUACUGCUCCAACCUCAAGAACUUGCUUCCUUCUCGUUCGUCUCCCAAUUUCAAGUUCGUCAAGGGAGACAUCGCCAGUGCGGACCUCGUCAACUUCCUCCUCAUCACUGAGUCCAUUGACACCAUAAUGCACUUUGCCGCCCAGACCCACGUCGAUAACUCCUUUGGAAACAGCUUCGAGUUCACCAAGAACAACAUUUACGGUACCCAUGUCCUUCUAGAAGCUUGCAAAGUCACUGGUCAGAUCCGGAGGUUCAUCCACGUGAGCACUGAUGAGGUCUAUGGAGAGACGGAUGAGGAUGCAGUCGUCGGAAACCAUGAAGCCUCGCAGCUCCUCCCAACGAAUCCGUACUCUGCCACAAAAGCUGGGGCAGAAAUGCUUGUCAUGGCAUAUGGUAGAUCGUACGGAUUGCCAGUCAUAACUACCAGAGGAAACAAUGUUUAUGGGCCCAACCAGUUUCCUGAGAAGUUAAUUCCAAAGUUCAUCCUUUUGGCUAUGAAAGGAAAGCCACUUCCAAUUCAUGGAGAUGGAUCUAAUGUGAGGAGUUAUCUUUUUUGUGAGGAUGUGGCUGAGGCUUUUGAAGUUGUUCUCCACAGAGGAGAAGUUGGUCAUGUUUAUAAUAUUGGGACUAAGAAGGAGAGGACAGUGAUUGAUGUUGCAAAGGAUAUCUGUAAGCUUUUCUCACUGAAUCCUGACUCAGUUAUAAAGUUUGUGGAGAACAGGCCAUUUAAUGAUCAGAGGUACUUCUUGGAUGAUCAGAAGCUGAAGAGCUUAGGGUGGUCGGAAAGGACCACAUGGGAGGAGGGGCUUAAGAAGACAAUGGAGUGGUACACAAGCCAUCCUGAUUGGUGGGGUGAUGUUUCUGGGGCUCUGAUGCCUCAUCCAAGAAUGCUAAUGAUGCCAGGGAUUGAAAAACAGGUUGAUGGGUUGGAAGACACUAGAGGUGCUGCUACGCAGGUCUCAAAUAAUUCUACUCAGAACCGAAUGGUGGUUCCAGUUUCAAAGAGCAUCAGUUCUUCUCGAAAGCCAUCUCUAAAGUUCUUGAUCUAUGGUAGGACUGGAUGGAUUGGGGGUCUUCUUGGGAAGAUAUGUGAGAAACAAGGAAUACUAUUUGAGUAUGGGAAAGGGCGUUUGGAGGAGCGUUCACAGCUUUUAGCAGAUAUUCAUAAUGCUAAGCCAACCCAUGUCUUUAAUGCAGCGGGCGUGACUGGCAGACCCAAUGUGGACUGGUGUGAGUCUCACAAACCAGAGACUAUUCGCACCAACGUGGUUGGUACUUUGAAUUUGGCUGAUAUCUGUAGGGAGCAAGGAUUGCUAAUGAUGAAUUUUGCAACUGGUUGUAUAUUUGAAUACAAUGCGGAACACCCAGAAGGGUCAGGCAUUGGAUUCAAGGAGGAAGACACGCCUAAUUUCAUGGGUUCUUACUAUUCAAAGACUAAAGCUAUGGUCGAAGAGCUUUUGAAGGAAUAUGACAAUGUGUGCACCCUUAGGGUCAGAAUGCCAAUAUCUUCUGACCUUAGCAAUCCCCGCAACUUCAUUACUAAGAUUUCUCGUUACAACAAAGUGGUUAACAUUCCAAACAGCAUGACUAUCUUGGAUGAACUUCUGCCAAUUUCGGUCGAGAUGGCAAAGAGAAACUACAGGGGCAUAUGGAACUUCACAAACCCUGGUGUCGUGAGCCACAACGAGAUCCUAGAAAUGUACAAGACCUACAUUAAUCCUGACUUUAAGUGGGCUAACUUCACGUUGGAAGAACAGGCCAAAGUAAUUGUCGCCGCUCGAAGCAAUAACGAAAUGGAUGCUUCAAAGUUGAAGAAAGAGUUUCCUGAGUUGCUCUCCAUCAAGGACUCCCUGAUCAAGUAUGUUUUUGAGCCCAACAAGAAAGUCUUCCCCCACGGAGCAGCCAAUUAAGCCCUUGAUGACUCUACCCUCGGGACUGACAAUGUGUUUUACAUUAGCUUGUAGGAAUUCCGUUGCAUUCUUAUUACCAUCAGGUUUAUCAUCAUCAGCAGCAGCAAAAUCAUCAUCGGAUCUAUUUUCACCUUUCUCGAAUUAGAAUAUUUUAUCUAGGCUUUCUUUCUGGUUUGUAUGCUUAUAAUUCGAGUUUGCUGCUUGUUUUUGGUUUCUUUGAGGGACCUUUCAGUGGUAUUCUGAAUAUGAUAUAUAUAGAAGUGUUCCACUAACUAGCAGGCAUGUAAUUUUAAAAUCCAUGAAGCUGUUUGUUCCCCGAAA